CCAAAACUCCCUAGUAGCCCUCCUAUUUGCUAUUUCCGUUCCAGAUUGAAAGGGGAACUGUGGAAAAGUGCCAAACUCUCAAACCCAAGCAGCAGCACGAACGGAAGUCGCCGAGAGAGAGGCCAGAAGGAAGUUGCGGAGAGAGAGACGCCGUCGCCCGCCAGACGCCACCUCGCCGGAAAUUCUCCAGCCUCCAGGUGCCAGAGUCCAGGACCGGCCUUGCAAACGGGUCUUCAAGGGCAUGGACCUCAAAAGAAAUGUGUUGAUAACAAGUGCAUUGCCGUAUGUUAAUAACGUGCCUCAUCUUGGAAAUAUCAUUGGCUCAGUUCUGAGUGCAGAUGUAUAUUCCCGAUACUCUCGUUUGAGGGGAUAUAAUGUGCUCUUUGUGUGCGGAACCGAUGAAUAUGGAACCACCACUGAAAUAAGGGCUUCGCAGGAGAAUCUCACUCCCAAGGAGAUAUGCGACAAAUAUCAUGCACUUCAUAAGAAAAUAUAUGAUUGGUUUGAUAUCAGCUUCGACGAAUUUGGGCGCACCUCUACAGACCAACACACCCAAAUCUGCCACCAUGUUUUCAAUCAACUCUACGAUAAUCACUUCUUAGCUGAGCAGACAAUCGACCAGCUUUAUUGUGGCAAUUGUAGCAAGUUCUUGGCUGAUAGCCUUGUUGAAGGCCAAUGUCCUAAUCCGCAAUGCUCUCAUCCUUGUAAAGGGGAUCAAUGUGAGAAGUGUGGUGCUUUUAUUAAGGCCAGAGAACUUGUGAACCCUAUCUGCAAGAUUUGCCACAAUCCAGGUCCAUCCUUUCGAACGACCAAUCAUCUCUUUCUUCAGCUCCCUGCACUUAAAGAGGAGUUGUGUGCAGUUGUUCGUAGGUUUGUAAUUUCAAGUCAAGAAGCUGUUGCUACAACUUGGAAACUGAUUGAUGGUGAUGGUGAUGAUAAACCUCUUGAGCCGAAGUGCAUUACCCGAGAUUUGAAGUGGGGUGUUCCUGUUCCUCUCAAAACUUUUAGUGACAAGGUAUUGUAUGUUUGGUUUGAUGCCCCUCUUGGGUAUGUGUCAAUCACCAAGUGCCACACAUCUGACUGGGAGUUCUGGUGGAAAAACCCAGACAAAGUCGAAUUGCAUCAAUUUAUGGGUAAAGAUAAUGUCCCAUUCCACACUGUUCUUUUCCCAUCUAUGUUGAUUGGCACUCAAGAAAAUUGGACUCUUCCUACCUCUAUACACGCAACACAGUUUUUACUCUAUGGAACAGAUAAAUUCUCUAAGAGCAAUGGUGUUGGUGUUUUUGGUGAUGACGUCGAAGCUUCGGGCAUUCCUGUAGAAGUGUGGAGAUAUUACUUGAUAAGCAUUCGACCCGAGGUAUCUGACACCAUGUUUUCCUGGGAUGACUUGCAAGCGAAACUAAACCACGAGUUGGCAGAUAAUGUGGGCAAUCUUAUCAAUCGUGUAUUGACUUUUAUUGCUAAACCACCUGGGAAGGGUUACGAUUCUGUUAUUCCUGAUCUUCUGGAAGCUGAGAUAGAGGAGGUAGAUCUGAGUUUAAGUUCAAAGAUUGAUGUCUUUGUUCAUGAAUAUUUGGAGGCUAUGGAAAAGGGUAAAUAGAAGAAGGGUCUAGAAGUUGCAAUGAAGAUUUCACAGGCGGGAAACCAAUACUUUCAGGGAAAUAAAGUUUGGGAACUGUAUAAAGAAAACAGUCUGAGAUGUGGUGUUGUUGUCAAGACGUUAGCAGGAGUCGUUGGCAUUCUUGCAUACUUGCUUGAACCAUUCAUGCCAUCAUUCACUAUAGAGGUGUUGAAACAGUUAGACUUACCAAUGGCUGAAAUUUCAUCACUUUUGGAUGAAAGAGGUGAGAUUCAGAAGCCCUGGAACGUCAUACUGGCGGGGCAUCGAAUUGGAACCCCAAGGCCACUUUUUAAAAAACUGAAAGAUGAAGAGGUUGAAGCACUGAAAAAGAGAUUUUCGGGAAAUCAAAGCGAUAGGGGUGCAAACACUGCUUCAGAUGCUACUGCUAGGAACAUCACUAAGGCUGGGAAGAGCAAACUUGAGGUGGAUCCUGUUGCAUGCUAAGGAAUGAAGGUAUGGAGUAUCAGAGCUGAAGACACGCGGGAGACCAGACGAUGAGAUGAGUCCCAUUAUUAUGCAUACUUGUCAGUAUGGGCUUUAAGGUUUUUUUAUUAUUAUAGAACAACAACACACUGCAGUUACACCAUAUUUGUUGCACAACAAUAGUCUUAAGUUUUGCAUGCCAAGUAAUUAAACCAUUUUUCCAGUUUAUUACAAUAUAGUAGGCUAAAAUCC